AUGCGCUCCUUCCUUCCGCUCUCUCUCCUCGGCCUGCUCUCCCAUGCCUGCUCUACCCAUGCUUUGACCUUCCCCGUCCGCGUCCGCCCCAGGGCCGACGACCGCACAGCUUCUGGCAGGCUGACCACGCGUGCCGGGAGUGGUAACACCCUCCUACCUCUCCACAACACCCAGAACUCCGAAUAUAUCGCCAAUAUCACCCUCGGAGGCAGAGAGAUACCCGUCCUCCUCGACACGGGAAGUUCCGACCUAUGGGUAGCAGGCACCAUACCCCAGACGACCGACCUUGGCAUGUCAGAGUCGCUCUCCUACGCCGUUGGCAACGCUCAGGGUGACAUCAAUACCGCGACGUUGAAUUUCGGCAACUACACUGUUCAAGACCAAGCGUACCUGCUUGUGAAGGACAUCUCAACAUUCUCAAUCAACAUCCAAGCCGAGGGCUUCGAGGGCCUGAUCGGGCUCGGGCCCAACACAGGCUCCGUCAUCCGGGACAAGAUGGACGACCCCAAGGGCGACAGCGUGCUCGCACGCAUCUUCCAGCAAAACACGACCUCAUCCAACUACAUGUCGAUUCUGCUCAACCGCGAGGGCGACCCGAACAGCGCCGCGUCGGGGCACAUGACCAUCUCGGAGGUCGUGCCCGGCUACGAGGCGAUCACGGAAAUGCCGAAGCUGUCCGUCAUGAAGGACCACAAGCUGACGGACCUCGACCAGCACUGGCAGACGUACACGGACGUCGACGGGCUGAUUGGCCCUGACGGGAACCCGAUCGCCUACGACUCCAUCGUGCCCUCUGCGCCUGACGGCCAGCUCGUCGUCGUGUUUGACUCGGGUUUCACGCUCCCGCAGGUGCCCCGCAAAGUCUCGGACGCGAUCUAUGGUCGUGUCCAGGGCGCGGAGUGGAAUACCCAGUACGAGGCGUGGACGAUCCCGUGCACGCAGAUGCUGAACAUUAGCUUCAAGUUUGGCGGACAGACGUAUCCGAUACACCCAUUGGAUGUGUCGAGCAGUGACUUCAAUCUCGUCAAUUCCAACGGCGACACUGUGUGCUUGGGUACUUUCCAACCAAUCAGUACAUCCGCGUUCAGUCUGCUUGGAGAAUACGACGUGAUUCUCGGCAUGGCGUUCAUGCGCAGCGUCUAUGCUCUCUUUGACUACGGCAACUUCGUAGAGGACACGAGCCAAGAUCUCGGUGACCCUUUCAUCCAGCUCCUCUCCACCACGAACGCGACCGCCGCGCGCGAAGCCUUCGUACAGGUUCGUCUCGGCGGCGUCGACACGACCGGCGACGCAUCGCAGGCGCUCCUCCCCGCCUCGCAAGAACAGCAGUCGCCCGAGUCCGAGGAAGAAAAGAAACAAGAAUACGAAGAGAAGGUCCUGAGCCGCUGGCCCGAGAUCUUCGUGGGCUGCCUCGCGUUCGUGCUGAUCGUGGUAGGCAUCAUUGUCUGGCGCUGCUGCAUUGUGCGCCGCCGCAAGAACGGCGCCGCGCAGAAGGGCCUGCUGCCGACGAACAACAAGGGCGCGCCGUCCUCGUACAGUCAGCUCGCGGGCGCGUCGACGGCGACGCUCGUGGGCAUGCAGAACAUGGAGGGCAAGCACGUGUAG